AAUUAACAGUAUUUCAAAAUUAUGGUACACUUAUUUUAAGAUGGGCUUUGAUUAGUGCUUGUGUUUAUUGCUUCCUUCCUUCCUUCCAUCCAUGAUGGAAUUACAUGAAAAUCUGCAGACUCUCAUUGAGAGAGCGUGGACUUUACAUGAUAGAAUCACCGAUGAAAUCGAGAACAGUUGUACCAGUCUGCGAGGUUUCUGUUCACAACAUGGUUACUAUGGUGGUCUUGCAGUUGCAGAAGCCCCAGUGGUUGUGAAGCAGAAAUUGAUUGCCACCAGAGAUGCACUGAAGGUGGUCGAGAACAUGCUCAUGUUCUUACAGAGAUUGCAAUCACGACAGAAAGAAGAUCGACGUGUUGCUUUUACAAGAUUGGAAGAAAGCAGACUGUCCCUCAUCAAAAGAGCAACAGAGCACCCGGGAAAACCACUGGAUGUAAUCCAAGAAAUGCUUGCACUUUUUGGAGAUGAAAACAGCACCUUCCAUUGGAAUACGAUUACCUCCUCUACUAGAAAAGGCAAACCUACCGUUGAAAGAUGCGAAACAAGAUCAGGGAUUGCCAGUUACUUUAUCUCUUGGGUUCAUAUUUUAUUAAACCCAUGGAAGUGGAAGAAGGCUGCCAGAUUUGGAGUAAGAUUCCUUUUUCUCACAACUACCAUCCUCUGGAUAACCCGUUUACAUCAAACCAGGCAACAGGUCAGUUGUUCUUGGAAGAAGAGGGACUAUUUCAUUGCGGAUUCUGCAGAAAUGAAGAAAUGGGUUUCCUACCAAGAAAUCUCCAACAGGCCCCUGGAUGUUUUCCACGGGAGGGGUUGAAGUUUAUCAGCUCAGUUUGAUCAUAAACAGUUAAAUUCUUUACAGGUGGAGCUGGCUUAUUCCUUUCUCAACCACAUUUAGUAUCAGCACUUUGGUCGAGAUGGUUUUUGAAAGUGACAUAUCAUAUUAGUCUUGGUUUGAAGAAAUUCUCGAAGUAUAUGUUCGAUGCAAUCUUUCAAAGAAACUGAGAAGGAUUUGAGAUACUUCCCUGUUGGCCACUGCCUGUAUUGACCUUAAGAUAUUCAUGGAUGUUGGGUGGUUGCAUUUAGACUGUAUCGGUGUUAAAGGCAAUUUGUAUGUAAAAUUUGGGCCUGUUUUUUCUUAUAUUUCUUUUCACAGUUUUGGCGAGAAAAAUGCGUCCUAAGAUUUCUAGUUUAUUAGAAUACAAGUUACAAGGUUCUGUGGUUUUUACUCUUAACUAUCUAAUGAGAACAGAUUGUGCAUCUUUUCAUGCU